CACUGACAACAAGCAUCCACACCCGAAGUUCAGCAUGACAUUAGUUUGCAAACAUUCAAAUCUCAGACGCGUAUCAGACCACGGUACAACACGCCCCUCGUGAAUGAUCUUGGUGCCUGAUACAUGUACACAUCAAGUCCGCUGUCGGGCACGCGAGCCAAACAAUUGGCAAUUUUACUUCGAAUUCCCCAGGCAAGACAGCUGUUUUGAUGUUCUUAUCACUCAUCCAAAGAAUUGACCCUGCAGGUCUUUAUGGAUUUGUGCCUGCAUUGAGACCGCCGUCAAGGACUUGUUGAUAACCUAUCGAUAUAUCAUGAUGCACCUCUUAUCAAGGAACCCCUUUAGAAUGAGGUUGCAUAGCCAGGGUCCAAUAAAGAAUACCCUUAUAAAUAUGAAUACCCCCACCUGCUGGCGCACAACGUUUCACUCACCCACCAUUUCCUUCCAUAGUGGCUAUGGCGCAGGGCAAAUUCCGCAAUGAGCUCACGGCGGACGAGAAUUUAGACGUCCUGGAAGAACCGGGACGUAAACAGCCUUCUGACUCCCCAACACCGUGUUUAGAAUCUGACCCUCCGGAUGGCGGGCUUGUGGCAUGGACCACUGCUUUUGGAUGUUUUUUGAUGCAAAUUGGUGGCCACGGAUACUCAAACUCUUUUGGAGUCUACCAAGAUUUUUACACACGCAUUUAUCUAACCGACCAAUCACCGUCUACAAUAUCAUGGAUCGCUGCAUUGAGCUCGUUCAUUACAAGCAGUCUCACCUUGAUAUCUGGUCGACUGUACGAUAGAGGGUGGUUCUACCAUUUGGUGAUCGUGGGGUCGUUGCUCCAAUCACUGGCCUUGUUCGCGUUAUCCUUCGCCAAGCCUGGUCAACUCUACAUGAUCUUUAUAUUUCAGGGUGUCCUUAUUGGGUUUGCAAUGGGCCUAACAUAUGGUCCUUGUAUAGCGGUUAUCGCUCAGCACUUCACCAAAAGACGCACGUUUGUAAUGUGUCUCGUCACGUCUGGUUCACCACUGGGUGGCAUUAUUCAUCCGAUCAUGUUGAAUCACCUUUUGAAUGGUACCGCUGGCUUUGCGAGAGGUGUCCGUAUUAGUGCAGGUUUUGUUAGUGUCCUGCUGUUGAUCUCCUGCUUGUCCAUGCGCACGAGAGCACUGUCGACACCGGCCACCAGCUAUAGUACAGUGGCACGAAAAUGCUCUCGCGAUGUCCCUUACAUGCUCAUGGUCUCUGGGAUUCUUCUUGCUCAGAUAGGCUUUCACUUCCCUAUAUACUACUUACAAUUGGACUCUAUCAAACAUGGGAUAAGCAAACAUUUCUCGUUCUACUCCAUUUCGAUCUUGAAUGCUGCCAGUGUCAUCGGACGUUGCACGGCAGGAAUAAUUGCACCGUAUACGGGAUUGUUGAAUUUGACAAUCGCAUCCAAUGCUGCAUGCGGCGUCAUCAUCAUAUCCAUGAUAGCUCUGAGCAAUAUACCCAGUGUGGUCGUGAUAGGCAUUGCAUAUGGCUACUUUUCUGGAGUUUACAUCGCGAUGUUGACCCCGCUACUGACUAUGGUGACGCCCGACUUGUCGGAGCUAGGGGCGCGGAUGGGAAUAAGCUUUACUGUCACCGCAUUUGGUGGAUUACUCAGUGGUCCAAUAUCAGGCGCUUUACUUUCGCCUCAUUAUAGGUGGUUGAUACCGUCGAUCUUCGAUGGGAUUAUAUGUCUUGUUGGAAGUUUGGUGUUAGUGGUGAUGCGCUUGGUAAUAAACCGGCAAAGAUGAACGGAAACCACCCACAGCUUGGCGCGGACACGAGGCGAACUGUUUGUUCUUUGAGGACUUUGGUCGGGGCCGAUAUGUACUAGUAUGCGUACUGAGAAACAAGACCGGAACCGGAUGGGAGGGAGCUCUAUCUUGCGAUAUGUGCGUGACAGGUGUAUGAAAACAUUGACCUCAAUCUUAUCUGCAAUCUUGCCUUAUCCGCAGUUAAGGGCUUGGGAUUUAAGUGGUUAACAUUAGCCUGUCCGAAACUUUAACUUCC